AUGGCACCUACAGCAGAAAAAGAACAAAAGUUGAAAGACUCCAACUUGGUUGAUUGGGCGGUGUUUUCGGAAAUCUUACAGAUGGAUGAGGAUGAAGAAGGGUUUUCACAACAAUUGGUGGAAACCUUUGUUUCCCAAGUCGAAGAGACAUUUGACACCAUUCAACUCUACUUGAAGGAAAAAGAUUUGGAACAGUUGAGCUCAACCGGCCACUUUCUUAAAGGAUCUGCCGCUGCCUUGGGUUUAACCUCUAUAGCAAGCCAGUGCGAAAGAAUACAAAACUAUGGCCACAAGCACAACUUUGACGACUUUCAAUUACCAGCAAAUACUCAAACACCAGAUUCCAAAGAAGGCACGCUGAGCUUAAAAGAGAAACGGAGAGAAAUUGACGAAAAAGUAGCAACCGUUACCUCAGACGAAGUCAACCCACACGACCACAAAACUCCAAAGGAAAUUUCUACAUCUUCCAACGGCGAUGCUACUCUAAAGGAUAAAAACACAGACAAGGACAACAAAAUUAAGCAACUGCCUGCUUCAACAACAACAACAACAACAACAUCACCACCUAAAACUGACCCUAAGACAAAUGUUAAAACAGACGCUAAAACAUCUUCUAGUAUACCGGAUGAGCUGAGCGAUGACUUCUGGAUCCUAUUGAUUGAAGAUGCAUUAUCAAAGGCAAAAGAUGGAUUUGUCAAGAGUAAAAAAGCAUUAGAUGAAUUUUUUGAAUAG